CGCAGUAGAUGCAUGUAUAUAAAUAUUCAGUAUUCAUUCUAAUAUUCGUUAAAGAUCUAUUCCUUGUGAACGUUCAUAGAAGGAAAAUGAUAUAUAAUUGGACGAUACAUGUUUAUCUUCUCAUUUUGUUGAUAGUUUGUAUACAUGGAAAUCCUAGAGAUAGCAAUUGCUUGAAACGGUAUUGUAGCUGUAGCCGCAAGAAGUUAAGAACUAGUUGCUUUUCAUUAACAUAUAUUCCAAAUAUUCCAGAGUAUUCAGAGACGUUAGAACUGACAAAUAACAAGUUUUCAAAUAUAAAUUUGACUCUGUUCAGAAACAUAUCAGGUAAUCAUAUCAGAAUUCUCAUUUUUGGGAAUAAUUCAAUUAAAACAAUCACUUCCGAUGCUUUUGUGACAUUAAAUCAUUUGGAGAGACUACAAAUAUCGGUUGAAACGGAUUUGGACAUUUCUGGAAUAUCAAAGUCAUUUAACAGUUUAAAUAAAUCACUGAUUGAUGUAUUGAGAUUCGAAGGAAAUGAUUGGAAUCUGCUUCCAAGUAAUAUUUUUGACCCUUUAACCGGAUCGAAUUUGUCCAAAAUGUCACUAAACGGUAACAAUUUGGCAAAUGUUGAUACCGCAGUUUUUCGACCAUUCUACAGAGUUAAAAAAGUAUAUUGUCGAAAAAAUAAAGUAGUCAAUAUAAUAAUUGAUGAAGUUGGAUUUCGGACUGUAGAGCAUCUAGACCUGACAUCUAACAAUAUACACAGUAUACCGAAUUUUUGUAAUGAAGAAAAAAGCCUUGCACCUAGACUACGAGUUCUAACGCUGAACGACAAUGCUCUCAGAUUUCUUGAACCCAUUUCGUUCAAAUGCUUAGACCGUUUAGAAGAACUGCUUUUAGAUAGUAAUCGAUUUACGUCAUUAGCAAAUAAUGUUUUCACAUAUUUGACAAAUCUAAAACGACUCGCAAUUAAUACAGCUAAUAGGCUUACCAGUUUAAGUCCUUCGGUAUUUAACAGUAGUUCGCUUGAGAAACUGCAGUUUGCUCAAAAUGGAUUCAUUUUUGAUAAAUGUAGGCAUGGUGUUGCAUAUGAACGAUAUGAUGUGGACACGAUAUUUCGUUUUCUACCAAACCUCGUUGAUCUUGAUCUGACGAAAAACUUUCUACCCGAUAAAAUGGAAUUUUUUCAUCGAAUGUUUUCUUCUUUGGUCAAGUUACACAAGCUAAAUUUACAUUCAGCAUCUUAA